AUAUAUAUGUAUGUGUGUGUGUGUGUGUGUGUGUGUGUAUGUAUACAUUUUUAAUAAAAUAUUCAAUUAUAUUAUGUAUUGACACUUGGGUGACCGUGUGAUUAAAAAGAUGACUGCAUUGCAUCAUUCGUCCCGAGCCUUUCUGAUUGCACUUUUAAAAAGUUACAUCAUAAUUGACAUCUUUACCAGAAGAGAAAGUUGCAUAUUAUUUUAUAAUUUUUUUUAAUUUUUAAAUAAUGCUGCUUAAAUUGCUGAGCCUAAUCAAGCGAGAUCAAGCAUUUCAACUGACGUGGCAGAGCGUCACCGUGUGGGCGUGGCUUAGUAUUGUCAACAUCCUGGUGACAUAACCAGUUUCUCCAAAAUGGCGACGGUGGAUCAAAGAGAAGCAGGUCAGGACGACCCAGAGAGUGAAGAUGAGGUUUAUGAGGUUGUGGACCUGACAGAAUAUGCCCGAAGGCACCAGUGGUGGAGUAGGGUGUUUGGGAACAACUCAGGCCCGAUCGCUGAGAAGUAUUCUGUGGCCACCCAGAUCGCCAUGGGAGGGGUAACUGGAUGGUGUGCCGGUUACCUCUUCCAGAGAGUUGGGAAGAUAGCUGCUACCGCUGUUGGAGGAGGGUUUCUUCUUUUACAGAUUGCCAAUCACAGUGGCUAUGUGCAGGUGGACUGGAAGAAGGUGGAGAAGGAUGUGAACAAAGCAAAGAAGCACCUGAAGAAGAAAGCAAACAAAGCAGCCCCAGAAAUAAACACAUUCAUUGAGGAGGUAAAGGCCACAGACUUUAUAAAAAGGAACAUCGUCUUGUCCAGCGGGUUCGUCGGUGGCUUCUUUCUGGGUUUGGCCUCCUAAAGCUGCUGCACUCACUGCAGCCUCCACUUACUGUGAAUCACACCACCACAUGGUCACUUUCCUCUGCAUUGUUCACCUCCACCUCAGCCCCAUGUGUGCAUUUAUCACCUUUUGAUGAACCGAACAGGGAGGGGUUAACAUAUAAGCAUGAUCUGUUGUGACAGUGGUAUUAGCGGUGUUUAAAAUCAAUCCUAGCUACUUAUUUUUUUUGGAGUGAGUGGAUUAUACUGUGAAGACUUUCUUCUGUGGGACCUGUACUGGAUCUUUGCCACUCAAUAUGUCAAGCUGCCACAAAGGAGCACAGACUCCUUGUUGCUUUUUCCACACUGAUUUAAGCACCAUCUCCUUAUAUUUGCCUGAUGGACGCUGAUCUCAGAUACGUUUGCAUGCAUGGGCGCCUUGUAAAUAUAUAGCCAACCCCCUUUUGAGGUGUAAAAUGUUUAAACACAUGGAAGGCAACAGAGUGGGAAGUUAACACCACCCUCCAGUCUAGUGCUUUUUUUAUGUAGCUGUAAAGUUUAUGUGCCAUUUAAGCAUGUAAUAAAAAAAAAUCAGAUUUUAAAAAUUGGACACACUAGCUGGGGGUUUAAACUCAGUUAUUUUCCCACUCUGAGCAGAAGCUGUUAUAAUAAUAUACAACACAUAUCAUGAGCAUAAACCACAACUAAAUAAUUUCUGUGAAUCUCUGAUUUUACAGACAACAAAGAGUAUUAAAUACAGAUCCUUUAUUCCCAUAAUCCUCAGCUCCACAGGGCCCUUUAAUGACAGGAUGAGGCGCCGCUGUACCCUAAUUAGCACCGCCACAAGCAAGACACCAAAAGAGACACCAGUGCUGUCAUUAAAGAGCAUAAUGGAGCAGCGAUUGUGACUCCUACGCCCCCCGCUAUUGUCAUUGUGCAUUUAGUAGUGUCAGUGUAGCAAUAACACAACAGAGAUGCUGCAGAGUCGUGCAUAUUCACAUUAACGAGAAAGGAGCUCCACUCAUAGGAGUCCAUCAAUCACAAGUUGCUUUUUCUUUUGCCUUUUUCUACCAGUGCAAUAUACAGUAAUGUUACAGAUGUUUUUUUUAGGGCUUGUUAUGUCUCCAACUGGCAUUUUAUAUGCUCAUAUUCCUUCAUUGUUUCUGUUUAAUGUCUGAACUGUAUGGGUUUGGUUGGUUGUCUCUUUUAAAAUAAAGUUGCCUGAUUUUGUUUUGAGCAAAAAAGUG